CUACAUCUCAGCUCCCUCGCUCGCUCGCUCGCUCCCAAACCAAAGGGAAAGGAGAGAUUUAUGUCUACAAGCGCUGCCCACGACAUCCGUCCCUUCUGUGCCUCUGCUCUCGAGUUCAUGACACGGAAGAAGAUCAAUUCGAUGCGCUUGUUUGCUAUAUUGAUCGAAUUGUUCGUGUUGCAGAGGUGGUUUUGGAGUGAAGUCGAUUGGGUUUCUCCACAUCGAACGGUACUUCUUCAGUUUCUUGCUCCUAAUUAGAGGAGGAACCCUCACUCGACGGAUACGAGGAUCUGUUUUUGGCCUUUCUUUUCGUAUUUUUGUUGUUUUCUCUGCAAUUUUUCCCGGAAUUUUUGGAGUUCGAGAGAGAUCUCAGAUGAUCGGGCCGCGGACUCAACAGCUCUGGAGCCGAUACAGGAUGCGAAGGAAGAGGAAGAUGAAGAAACUAGAUUGUUUGGGCUCGAUUAGAGAUUUGAAACCACCGAUGAUGAUGAAGAGGAGGAGCAGCGGGAAGUUGGAUGGAUCGAAGGCGGUCGGAUCGAGUCCGGUGAAGAGGAUCAGGGUCUUCUUCACCGAUCCCGACGCCACCGACAGUGACGACGGCGACGAGGCUUUGAUCGACAAGAGCAAGCGAGUGGUCUGCGAGAUCCACGUGGACCCGAUCGGUAAAACCCUUAAAACCCUGGCGGAUCCGGAGAGGAAGAAGAAGGAGGCGGUGACGAGACUGGCCGCGCCAUCGCCCGCCGCGGCUGGCAGAUACAAGGGCGUCCGGCAGCGGCGAUGGGGGAAGUGGGCGGCCGAGAUCCGGGACCCCAUCCGCGGCGCCCGCCUCUGGCUCGGCACCUUCGCCACCGCGGAGGAGGCGGCCGCCGCGUACCGUGCGGCCGCGUCCCGGCUCGAGGAGGAGAAGCGCUGCCUCCGGCGCCCCGCUCCCGCUCCCGCUCCUGCCUCCGCCGCAGAGGACUCCGCUUCCUCCUGGGCCUCCGCCCCGUCUUCUUCCUCUCUUCUCGCCCCGCCGGCGGCGCAGGAGGCGGAGGAGGAGGAGAGGUCCAUCGCAGAACUCUUCGCAGAGGUACCAGCGGAGGUGGACUUCGUCGGCCUCGACGGGGAUGCGCCGUUCUUCGUGGGCGAGGUCGGCGACGACUUCGGCUUGGAUGAUCUCUUGCUCUGGGAUCAGCCAUUGGACGGUAGAGAUUUCUCCUUCAUCGAGAUCUAAGCCCCAUUUUUGCAGCUUAAACGAGCAUAGAAAUAAUAUUAAACAUCAUCUUUUCAUGCCUUUUUGGUGAGUAAGAUACAUACUGUGGAGGUUUUGGUCGCUUGUCCUAUUUUUGCAGCCUUAAAAGGGCGGAAAAAUUAUAUUAAUUGGGAGAUAUAUAGUAAGUAGUACGUGAGAUGAUUUUAUUUUGUUUUGAUUUGUUGGGAGGAGGUGGUUGCGUUGCACAGUGAGAGAGGAAGUCAAAAAGUAUGUUAUAUCAUGUGAUGGACCUACUGAAUUAGUUGUACUGCACCCUCCACGAGUCUUGAUAUGCUGGAAUAUGUUAAGCUGUCAUGCACUUAUUUGAAGUUA